AUGCCUGCGUCCUCUGCCUUGAAGAGGGCGACCAAGCAUAUAGGCAGCAUACGAAGGUGCCUACAUGCACCGGUCACUGAAAAGGAUUGCUCCUCGAUAACACCACCAUACGAGCAACUGAUCCGGAAGCUCGAGCGCGUACGACAUUUGUCGGGCAACCGGCCGUUCACGCUCGCCGAAAAGAUCCUCUACAGUCAUUUACACGAUCCCGAAAGGACGCUGGCGGAUGGCCCCAUUCGGAGAGGAGAGUCGUAUCUUCUGCUGAAUCCUGAACGGGUAGCAAUGCAGGAUGCAUCUGCCCAAAUGGCUUUGCUGCAGUUCAUGUCAGCUGGCCUCACGCGGUGUGCUGUGCCUACAUCAAUUCAUUGUGAUCAUCUCAUACAAGCCUCGAGCGGAGCCGAAGCCGACCUGAAGCGAUCUAUUAGUUCGAAUCAGGAAGUUUUUGACUUCUUGGAGAGUGCUGCGAAGAAGUAUGGCAUCGAAUUUUGGAGGCCAGGAAGCGGGAUUAUUCAUCAAAUAGUGCUCGAGAACUACGCUGCGCCAGGUAUGCUCAUGCUCGGAACCGAUUCGCAUACACCCAACGCGGGCGGCCUGGGUUUACUCGCCAUCGGAGUUGGCGGAGCGGAUGCGGUAGAUGCUAUGACUGGGACGCCGUGGGAGCUGAAGGCACCGCAGGUUGUCGGCGUGCACCUCACCGGCAAGCUGAGUGGAUGGGCCACGCCGAAGGAUCUCAUCCUGCACCUUGCAGGGAAACUCACGGUCAAGGGCGGCACUGGCAGGAUACUUGAAUACUUUGGUCCGGGCGUCUUCAACCAAUCCUGUACAGGGUUGGCCACCGUUGCAAACAUGGGUGCCGAGGUUGGUGCUACGACUUCUACAUUUCCGUAUACUCCUAGCAUGCGCGCAUAUCUCCACGCGACACGUCGAGGUCCGGUUGCGCUUGCGGCCGAUGAGGCUGCUGCGAAGGGUUUCCUCGCUGCUGACGAAGAUGCGGAAUAUGACGAAGUUAUCAAUAUCAACCUGUCCGAGCUCGAGCCUACUGUCAACGGUCCUUUUACCCCCGAUUUGGCUACUCCAUUGUCGAAGUUCGGCGAUUUCGUGAAAGAACAAGGUUGGAAGGACGAGAUAUCGGCUGGUCUUAUCGGAUCAUGCACUAACAGCUCGUACGAGGACAUGACUCGCGCGGCUGACCUUGCGCGUCAAGCGAAGGCAGCUGGGCUGACUGCCAAGGUACCUUUCCUAUGCACACCCGGCUCCGAGCAAAUCAGGGCUACCAUGGAACGUGACGGUAUCACUCAAACGCUGGAAGAUGUUGGUGCAGUCGUUCUUGCCAACGCCUGCGGACCUUGUAUCGGUCAAUGGAAGCGGGAGGACAAGAAGGGCGAACAGAAUGCCAUUCUUACCUCAUUCAACCGGAACUUUAAGGCGCGCAACGACGGCAACUCGUUAACCAUGAACUUCCUUGCGUCUCCAACGACAGUUACUGCUAUGGUAUUUUCCGGCAAGCUCUCCUUCGACCCCACGAGAGACAGUCUACUGCUUCCAUCAGGCGAGCAAUUCAGGUUUUCGCCGCCGCAGGGCCAAGAUCUCCCCUCUUCCGGCUUCGCUGCGGGUAACACCGAGUUCUACCCGACCCCCACACCCGAGCCUCAGCCCGACACGACCAUUGUCAUCCGGCCCGAUAGUCAGCGCCUCGAGAUCCUCGAGCCGUUCCCAAGCCAUUUCGGCGAGGGCAGCGGUAACCCGCGCGGGCUCGAGCUGCAGCCGCUGAAGGUCCUCAUGCGUGUCAGGGGCAAGUGCACGACGGACCACAUAUCCGCGGCGGGCGUGUGGCUGAAGUACAAGGGACAUCUAACAAACAUCUCGGAAAACUUGCUGAUCACGGCGACGAACGACGAGGGCGGGGAUGUGAACGUUGCGUUCGAUCAUGACCGCGAGCCGUCGCAGAGCGAGACGGAUACUAUUCCGGGCGUGGCGAAGCGUUUCAAGGCAAGGAAGCAGCCCUGGGCGUUGAUCGUCGACGAGAACUACGGCGAAGGUAGUGCUCGUGAGCACGCAGCGUUGCAACCCCGAUUCUACGGAUGCGCCAUGAUCAUUGCCCGUUCAUUUGCGCGCAUACACGAGACCAACCUCAAGAAGCAAGGCGUCUUGCCCUUGUGGUUUGUCGACAAGUCCGAUUACUCUCGUAUCGGCUCUGGCGACGUGCUCGAGACUGUUGGACUGGAGGACCUCCUCGAGAAAGGCACGGGCGACAUCGAGGUGCGGGUGACGAAGCGAAACGGCGACGUAUUCGAAAUCCCGACGCGGCACACGAUGUCGGCGGAUCAACUCAAAUGGCUGAAGGCAGGAUCCGCGCUCAAUCACAUCAAGACGCAGAUGGCGUGACAAAAGUACCCAUAUCCGAUAUUGUACAUGCUGAAUAUAAUACAGUGGAUCCGACGAGGGACUAGGUAUAUGACUUGACUAGAGUUGAAUCUAGA